AUGCUCGCAUUUUCACAGCGAGCCAGAUUCGCGAAUGUAAUGCAGAAACUCCCAUCUGAUAUGAUGGACGAAAUUUCUGAUGUCCUCUCCGAUUUGCGCGAGCAUGAACCGUACGAUCACAACGGAAGUUAUCCUCAAGCGAACCGGACGUUCCGAGGAAGAUAUGAUCCAAGGAUACUGCGGAACGUCACUAGAGGCGACAAAACGCCAUCCCAGCUUCUCAGAUAUAUGAGGAACCAGCUGGGGAAAGCGUAUCAGAAAAGGUUCUUCGAGUUCGACCACAGCGUUAACGCUGUUCGCGCCCCGACAAAGUUGGUAAAACGGAACGGGCGUUGGCCGACCUUCAACGGCAAAUUCAGGGCUCCAGAUCUCCCUGCGCCCGCGGACGAGGACAUCGACCCCAUCUCGACGGAGACGAACCCCCAGCCGAGAACGGCGAAAGCGACCAGGGUGUUUGUUGGUUUCAUCGCACAUUCGGCGAUGAGGCCAGGAAUUCCCUUAUGCCUCGCCACUACAUUAGUGCCUAAACCUGGUGGUGAAGAAUUUCGGAUAUGCGUCGACUACCGGAAAUUGAAUGCAUCGACCGUACCAGACCGAUAUCCUGUCCCUCAUAUCCAUGAUUUUGCAUCCGGAUUGAUGGGGGCUCGCAUCUUCUCGAAAAUCGACCUGACAAAGGCAUACCACCAGAUCCCCGUCGCUGCGGAAGACGUCCCAAAAACGGCAGUCACAACACCCAUUGAGGAACACCGUUUUAGGUUGUUCACCCGCCGAACUGGUUUCGGUACACCUCUUGCGCUACCGGCGAAUUUCGACGACUCCCUUCAGACGUUUUCAAAACCAACAUCUCCUUUCGUCGAGGAACUCCGCCACAAAAUGGCCCGGCUUAAAUAUGCAACUCCACGACAGCAACCGGUGAAUUGCGAGAUUGCAAAUUCGUUUCGUACGGAACGACGCCGUGAGACGACCACUUACCAAAAGGUCCUUUUCAGGUUCUUCGACGCACCGACAAGCACCUUCAAGGCGCCAACUUUUUUUCGCAAUAACCAAGCCUUUUUUCUGGAGAAGCGACAGUAUGACGCAAACCCGGCUCUGCGGCCCCCUAAUGCUAUUCCAGCGCACCCAUCAGACGCAGCACCGCAGACAUCAAACGACACCCCAGCGACUCCUGUGCGGCAGACCCGAUCCGGUAGGAGGGUCACUUUCCCUAAAGACCUUCGUAAAUAUUAUUAUUAUUAA